AUGGGUUGGUUUUGGGCAGACUCCAUACCAGCUGCGCCCGUCGCACCUCAUCCUAUGCCCGCCAACGCCAACGCCGCCCCUCCACCAGGAUGUCCCAUGCACAAGCCCGCCGCCGAUGCUCCCUCCGCACCACCACCCUCCGUCGUCACAAAGCCCGCAGACUCCGCAUCAGCAUGUCCCUACGUCCCACCCACCGAAGCCCAGAAACAGGAACCCUCUGCCGGCUCGCCCUCGUACAUCUCCAAACUCAACCCCNNCCUCAACUACAUGCCCAAGUCCAUCUCCAAUCAACGCGAUCACGAUGAGCAAAGUGUCGACCUCCCACUCGACCGCGAAGCCUCGACAAUCCCUCGAGGCGACGGCCAAGGAAUGUGGGAAUACCCUUCGCCACAACAAAUGUACAAUGCCAUGUUGAGGAAAGGAUAUACCGAUACGCCAGCCGAACACGUCGAGUCCAUGGUUGCAGUACACAACUUCCUAAACGAAGGAGCUUGGCAAGAGAUCGUAGAGUGGGAGCGACGCUUCUCCGCCGGUCUAAAAAGAGGCUGGGAUGUUUGCAAGAAGGGAGAAGAGAAUGCUGGCACUUUGGCCGAGAUGCUAGCGAGGAAGGACGCUUUGGCUGCCAAUACCGACACCAAAGACCCUUCUCUUGUGCGGUUUAUGGGCAGACCUUCAGAACUCACGCCUAAAGCAAGGAUGCUGCAGGUCAUGGGAUGGCUGUAUCCAUCCAAGUAUGAGAGCGAGCCGCCAUUCGAUCGCCACGAUUGGUUUGUGAGGAGAGUACACCCGGAUGGCACGGAGAGGGAAAAGAGAUAUGUCAUUGAUUAUUAUUCUGGACCUCCUGAGGAGACUGGCGAACCGGUUUUCUAUCUGGAUGUCAGACCCGCUGUUGAUGGUCCUCUGGAUGCGGCUGAGAGAAUGAUCAGAUGGGGUGGUGAUGUUUGGUGGAGAGCAAGUGGAGGCAGUGUUAGAGAAGAGUUGGCAAAGCUGAAGAAGUGA